GCAUGCAGGGCUCAGACUGUGCCCGAGAUCCCCUCCUGGAUGCAGAGGCCCAUGCGCACAGCCGGAGGAGACUUGCGCACAACCAAGAAGACGCCCAUCCACCGGCUUCUCCCAGCGUCCAUCCACCAGCUUCCUCCCAGCGUCCAUACCCGCUUCCAUAGUGGGUGACACAGGGCCCAGCUUGGCUCUCCUUGUGCCCCUUCCUUUUGCGGAACCUGCUUUUCACUUUUGCAAACGUGCGUUCGGCUGCGUCGGCAACAUCAUCCUCGGUCUCCUCGUUACCCCCCUCCAGCGCCAUCAGCCAGCACAACUCCAUCUCCAGCCCUCGCCAUGGUCGACAACAUCAACCCUUCAGCGUCCCUGUGGGAUACCAUCGAUCGAUACGACGUCUCGUUUGUGAGCAACAGCAGCGCCGGAUCGAUUGCCGACCCAGACGAUCGCAUCUUCCUGCCCGCUCGCCAGCGCAGCCGCCAAAAGUGGAUCAAGAACCGACAGAGGCAGGCCGCCGAGCUCGAAGAGUUCCUCAAGCUCGAAAACCUGAUCCAGGCAACGGCAGCGCCCGAGCAGGCCGCCCUGUCCCGGGAGCAUUCGCGCUCGAAUGUGUCGCUCGCUCACCCAGAAAUGGACUCGAUAUCGACCGAUACCUCCGACGACGCAGCCUCGGGCGCAAACCGGUCCAUCCUCGGAGCUAUGGACCAGACCGACAUCCAUGGCGAUGCACCUGGGCAUGAUCCCGAUAUACUUGAGCCGCCAGCGCUCCCAGCCCGGAUGGACGGUGAAUACGAGAACUGGAAGGACGCGGAUGUCUCUGUCGUGCAGCCCAUCCAAAACUCGGUCCUGCUUUCCGAAGUCGACAUUGAAGACUUUUCUUUCCGGGACGAGCCUCCCGCCGAGUCCGAGCACCAGCUUCGAAAUCCCAUCAUUCCUCCGACAGUGCUUGGGCCCAUUCGACUCACAGCCCCGGCGCCCUCCAAGCUCAUCCGAUCGCUGUUCCCGGCAUUACAGACCGAGCCGGUCGUGUCCACAAUCCAACCCAGCAAUGGUCUGGCAUCCCCCAGUGCGGAUUCGCCAGAGGACUCCCUGCCCAAAGAGCCGCCGAUUGCUGAGCUUCUCGCGCAACCACACAACCAGCCAGAGGCAUUGUCACCAGCCGCCGAAUCCCCCAUCAGCCCCCUCCAAAUCGAGCUCUGCGAAGGUCUGGAGCGUCUCAGUCGAGAAAGGCGUGAGUUUGAGGACUACAGGCUUAGGGAACUUCAAAGCAUCAAGGAGCAGCAGGAUGAAAGUUUGCGCCAGAUCAAGAGUGAGCGGACGCUGUGGGAGAAGCACCGAAAGAGCGUCGAGAUCUUACCAACAAAGAGGGAGCGGCAAGAAGUUGAGGCCCUCAAGAAACAGAUCGCCGAGCUGAAUGAGAUGCUCAAGCAACGUGACCAGCGAGCAAUUCAGAACGAGGAUCGCAUGAAGCGCCGAAUCGACGAGCUUCGAAUAAGAAACGAGGAGCUUCAGGAGGAGGUCAAGUUGUUGGAACAGGAGCGCGCCGUGUUUGCCCAGCGACCCGAGGCCAACCCGAUAUCGCCAGUGGCUCCGGGUUCCAAGUCGCGUCCGGUGGUCGUUAGACAUUCUGGCAUGUCCACGGCAGCAUCAAGAGCCAAGGGAACGGGAACCGGUCCGUCGAGCACGACGGUACCGUCGCCAGCACGAAUCAACACUAAGCUUCCGCCAAAGAACCCACCCGUCAAAACCCCACCGGCCAAGACCCCGCCAGCAAGGUCGCGGCCGCUUUCGUCGGAUGCCAAGAAGACACCGAUAGGAUCGAGGCUGUCGAAGACGGAGCCGCCGGUCCGCGUCACCGAUAAGGGGAAUGCUGCCCUGGACAAGCUCCAGAGCCAAGUGGGCCUGAACGACGUCGGAUUCAAGACCAUCGACUCGACGGACCGGAAGGACCGCAUCUUCGCAAACGGCAUUUCGCUGACGUGGUACCGGACCAAGGGAUAUACGAAGGAAGUCCGGCCCGACGGCACAUCGAUUGUCCGUUUCGAGAAGGGCGACCACAAAACACAAACCCCCGAUGGAGUCGAGGUCUACUACUUUGCAUCCAACCAAGUCACAAAGACAACGUUCCCGAACGGCAUCCAGUUCUUUGAGUUCCCCAACGGCCAGUCCGAGCGAUACCAUCCAGACGGUGCCAGCGAAAUCAACUAUCCCGACGGCACCGUGCGGUUCGUCUACUCGAACGGAGAGCAAGAGAUCAUUGCUCCAGACGGCACCAUCCAGAAAAUCGACACCAAGGGAAUCAAGACGAUCGAACAGCCCGAUGGCACCAGGUACACCCUCUAAUGAGCAGUGUCUCCGGCCACCUUUGCCCCACCCCUGCCCUUCCAUUCUGUGCUCGCACGCUAUGAUUUCCCUCUAGUAUCCUGUUCCCAAGAAGCUGCUUCCCAGUGUGCAUCUCAGGUCGCAGAAUACACCACCUACUUCCACAC